AUGAGUUCGCGUCCGCGUCGCUCAGCGGCCACUAAGGCCAAUGAAGUCAUUUCUGUUCAUGCCAGAUGGGCUGACUCUCCAGAAAGAAGCGAAAGAAGUGAAAGAAGCAUGUCGUCACGACGGUCUGGUCGCGCCUCAGGCGUGUCCGUCUCCCGAGAUGAUGCCUCAUCACCAGGUGGCGAUCGUCAUUUGAGUUUGACUGUCAAACUUCCUUCCAACAAACUACGACAGGCUACACGUGGGGAGCGUGGCUUUGAAGGUGGAGAAAUCGUAUCCGGAAAGCGGAAUCGAGGAGCUAAGAAAAGUUAUGUGGUUGACUCAAGCCCCGACGAAGAUGAAGAAGAGGAAGAGGAGGCAGAGAUUGAGGUGGAGGAAGAUGAUGACGAUGAGAUGGAUGUUGAUGCUGAGGGUGAGGAGGACGCCGAGGGAGAUAUCGAUAUGGAUCUAGCUCCCCCAACCAUCACUGUUUCCAAACCAGCCCGGUCUAAGCCAGCACCUCGAGCAUCGGCUGCCAAGGUCAUUCAGGAUGAUGAUGACGACGACGAUGACGAGCUUAGUGACCCCGCUGAUAGCGACGCUGGAGACGAGACUAUGGGUUUUGGUGAUGAGACCAUGGCUGACGAUGGUGACGAGGACGCUGAAGGCGAGGAGAUCGAGGUCGCAGGCCAAGAAGGAGACGAGGAUGAAGAAGACGAAGAAGAUGAGGAGGAAGAAGAAGAUGCUGAAGGCGACGAUGACGACGAAGAUGAUGACGAAGAUGGCAACCCAGGCGAGUCUAUCGAUCUCACCAAAAUGACAAAGCGGCAACGAGCCCGAUUUGAAGAUGACAACGCGCAUCAGUACAUGAAGUUGUCAGAUGAGGUACAAGCGAAGAAGGUUUUUACAGCUGAGGAAUUGUCCAUGCGUCGACAGGAGAUGGCCCGGCGACGUCGCAAUUUGAGUGAAAAGCGAAAUGAGGAAGUAAAGAUGGAAACGAUCAACAAACUCCUUAAAAAGCAAGCUCCCAAGAUCAACCGCAAGGCUGCAGCUGCUGGCGCAGGCGGUUCAGAAGACUCGAACAAGCCUGAUCCCGUCUUCGUUCGGUGGGUCAGCAACAAAACUGGAGUUCGAGUGGCAGUGACAGAAGAAAUGCUUGACAGCCCGGCCGGUCAGGUUUUCAAGCCUGCAUCUAAACUGGCAUCGGGUAAGAUGGUCCAGGAAGUUGCUUAA